AUGGUGGACGACGAGAUAAUCUUCCCGGGCCACAUCGACAUGGGUGACAUGGCGGAUCUCAUGGUCGGCGAGGCUGACCUGGACGGCUUUUCCGACGACGAGCUUGACGUGGACGAAUUGGAACGCCGCAUGUGGAAGGACCGCCUCAAGCUGAAGCGGAUCAAAGACUGCCAGAAGAUUAAGGAUGCUCCAGAGGCUCAGGAGAAUAAGGAGGACGAGGAGGAGGACGACGACUUUAAGCCGCGCCAGAAACAGUCGCAGCAGGAUCAGGCUCGCCGCAAAAAGAUGUCGCGAGCGCACGACGGGAUUCUGAAGUACAUGCUGAAGAUGAUGGAAGUCUGCAAGGCCCAGGGUUUCGUGUACGGUAUUAUCCCGGAGAAGGGCAAGCCGGUGGGCGGAAGCUCUGACAACCUGCGCGCGUGGUGGAAGGACCAGGUGCGCUUCGACCGCAACGGGCCCGCCGCCAUCGCGCGCUACAACGCGGAGCAGGCUGUAGCGGCCGGCAAGAAGGACCACCAGCCGGCAGGCCUACUACAGCUCACCACGCCAAACACGCUACAAGAGCUUCAGGAUACGACGCUCGGGUCGCUGCUAUCCGCGUUAAUGCAGCAUUGCGAUCCGCCGCAGCGGAGGUAUCCGUUGGAAAAGGGAAACCCCCCUCCGUGGUGGCCGAGCGGGGACGAGGAUUGGUGGCCGCAGCUGGGGAUGCCACGUGGCAGCGGUCGUCCUCCUUAUAAGAAGCCGCACGAUUUGAAAAAGGCGUGGAAGGUCGGGGUGCUGACGUCGGUGAUAAAGCAUUUGUCGCCGGACAUCGCACGGAUUCGCAAGCUCGUGCGACAGAGCAAGUGUUUGCAGGAUAAGAUGACGGCGAGAGAAAGUGCCACGUGGCUCGCUGUGCUGGAUCAGGAGGAGGCGUCGCUGCUGCACGCGCAGGGGAAGCCGCUUCCGCCGGGCGCGGCGGAAUACGACCCCUUCCGCGUCGACCUUCCGCCCUUCGUCUCCGCGAACGGCGGCGUGGGAUGCGGUGACUACCUCGCCGGAGCGCUGCAGGCACUUCAGCAGCAACAGCAGCAGCAGCGAAGCGCUGCAGCGGAAGGGGCGACUGCCGGGAAACCCCCCGCUGUGGGCGCCGCCGGCGUCGGCGGAAAGCCCGCCGCCACCAUGAAAACCGAGCCGCUGUCGUGGAUGCCGGCGGUGACGAAUCACAUCCCCGCAAAUCCUGCCGCCACUGACGCGGCUCCGGGUCAGGCGCCGGGGAAUGCCGAAAAGCUGCUAAUCUUAGGGGACAGCAGUGAUGCUGCUGCUGGGAAUCCCGGAGGCGAUGAUGACGUGGCACCGCCAAUUGAGGCGGUGCUUGCGGGGGUUGAGAUACUGCCCGAGCACAGAGUUUUCAUGUGCCCGUUCGACCGCUGCCCGCGGCACUUGUGGCGCAACGCGUUUUCCGACCGCGCCUCGCGAAACCUUCACCAAGCGAACUGCGCGUUCCGCCCUAGCGGCAAGGGGGAGGGGGAUUCCGCCGGUUCCGCGGAAGCCAGCGGUGGCGCAAACGGCAGAAAGAGUGGCGCUGCUGGGGGAAAUUCGCGCGCUGACGUUGGCGGGAGCGCAACUGCUGCCGCCGCCGCUGCCGCCGUCGUCUCUGCAAAGACUGUUGCUGCUGCGGCUGCUACAGCUGCUACAGCCGGUACUCCGAAGAAAGCAACGGCCGGAAACGCGCCUGCUCCUGCCACGUCAGCGAUAUCCUCCGCGCCGCCAGCCGCUGCCGCGAAGGCAUCAGGCGGACCGGGCAAGGCUAGAAACGCUUCUGCUGCUGCGUCUGCCGCCGCUUCUGCCGCCGCAUCAGCCGCUGCUGCUGUUAACCCCACGUCAGCUUCCACAAUGUUCCCUGGAAGCUUCGUCCCGCACAUGCCACGUCAGCAUCCAGGCGCGCCCGAGGGCAGGGCGCCUUUCCUGCCACCCCACCACCUGCGCCACGCGUCCCUGCUCAGGCAGGGAAGCUUCCCAGGAGAUGCCUACCACCCGGGGGGUCCCGGAAAUAUGAUGGGCAUGGGCGCAGGUAACAUGAUGGGGGGAAUUCCCCCCUCUCAUCCGCCCAUCAUGGGCCCUCCACCUCCCGCUCCGCCGCUCCCGUACCCCGCGGCGCUGGGCCUGCCAGCUCACGCAUCAGGGUAUCCUGACGUGUACGGGGGUAUGUAUGGGCAUAUGAUGGGCAUGGGAGGGGGGCACAUGGGGAUGGGGGGACCGCAUGGGAUGGGGCCGUAUGGGAUGCCUCCGCCGCCACAUCACUAUGCGGGGAUGAUGAUGGCCGCUGCGGCCGCCGCCGCCGCUGCUAAUGCUAAUGCUGGUGGUGCUGCGAAUGGUGCUAACGGUGCUGUCUCUGCCUCUGCUGCUGCUGCUGCGAGGGGAGGUAUGGCACGAGCUGGCAACGCUUCUGGUGGGGUUGGGGAGGAGGCGUUUCGGGAAGUGAUGCUGCAAGGACAGGCGAUGCAGCAGCAGAGAAGGAACGACGCAAAGCAGCAGCAGCAGCAGGGGUUUUUGCAGGGAAGAGCCGACUCUCAGGAGCAGGGAGUGCAGGGAGAGGAGCAAAACGAGGGCAGCAGCAACGCUCGCUCUGCUUCCUUAAACCCCUUGGCUCGAGUCACUGCCGCGUCUCUCCCUCCCUUCCGCCGCAACUACAGCGAUCAGAACCUUCCGCUGUGCGCGAUCACUGGUGGUGUUGCUAGUGGCGUGGCUGGUGGUAUGGCAUUAGGCGGCAGGGGUGGCGCUACUGCUGCAGGAGGGGGUUCGGGGCGGAGCAACCUCGGCAUGCUUCCUUCCCAGCUGCACCAGCAGCAGCAGCAGCAACAAGAGCAGGAGCAGCAAACAGCGUUUCAAGAGCUUUCUGCUGCCGUGGCUGCUGCAGCUGCUGCUAGCAGCGGCGCCAGUGCUGCCAGUUCUGGCGGCGGAGUGACGGUUGGGGCGAAGCGGAGGGCGUUAUCCGAUGCGGAGGCUGUUCUCGCCAGCAACCCGGACUUUUUCGCCUCGGUCCUCGAAGAUUCAUCGAAUCUGGACGGUAUGAUUCAUCUAGAGGGCAUGCUGCAUCAGCAGCAGCAACCGAGCUUGGGAUCUCCCCAUGAGACUAUUACGGAUGAUGGGGCAGGUCGGGGAGGAGGUUCGGGCCAAGCCGGAGCAGCAGGUUCGGGGAUGAUGUCAUCUAAUGCUAAUGCUAAUGGUAUUGCAAACGGCAAUGGUACUGCCAGUGGUAAUGGUGGGGACGCUGGUGGGGCAGCCGUGGAGCAGAGCGGAGGGGGUCCGGUGGGGAUGGAAGAGGAUGUGGAUGACAGCUUGUUUGGGUUCAGCUUUGGAGCGAUAGGGAAUCAGGACCACAUGAGACUGCUCAACAAUCUCAUGGAUGAGGAAUUGUGCUACUUCGGUGCAUGA